AUGGAGCAGUUGAACCAACCGAAGCAGUGGCUGCCGCAAGAUUGCGCGCUCGUGCGCUUCGCGGAUGAUCCCACGCUUCUUCAUGGGCGAGUUGUUCUCCGAUGUUAUGGGGGCAACCUAUGCCGGGUGAUCACGCCGGAUCGCGAUGUCCAGGAAUCCACUCUCGAGGUUGGAAGCGUGUACACAGAGGUGAUCCGAAUGAAAGGCGCGCGAUUGCCAAGAGGGAUCAAAGAAGACGAUACUUACCUGCCCAAACACAGCGGGGACGGGGAUUUCAGGCAUGAGGAGCUUCUUCAUUUCGUGCGAGUAGCUGACAGGGUGCCGUCCUCGGUGGAGGGACGAAAGCGAGUUACCGGAAAAGUUGAUGGUGACGGAGCCAUUGGUGGAAUUCACGGUGACCCGGCAGAAAAACCCAGGCCGAAAAAACCAGAUGUACGAGAUAAGGGCGAUGAUUGCUGGAUCAAGGUCUACAGCUCACUCGGUACAGGCAUUGGUGAUCGGACUUUCCCACCAGUCGAGUCUGAUUUGCUUGUCUGUGGCGGCGGAUUGUUCAAGUUGUACCGCGAGGCCGGGACCGAUGAGGACAUCCUCGCCAAACAGGUGCAACACGAAGACCUGGGAGUGUCCAUGGAUGUGGCUCGCAUGGGGGCCGGGGUCGAGGCAAAGAGUGAGAAAGAUGUUCGGGUGCUAUCCGUGCUGUUCGACAGUGCAGAUGAACGAAGGAGAACGAUACAUGAAGCAGUGCCGGAGCUGGAGGAGGUCGAGUAUGAAGAUUUUCCUCUUCAAGGACCUCGCACUCUCUUUCGCGAUGUGCGACAAUUACGUCGACUUGGCCUUGACUUCUGCCAACACCAUGAAAGUUGGUUGAAAAAGAGUGGCGUUCGCGCGGGAGACAGGAGUGUCCAUGAACACGCUUCCAUAUGCCGUGCUUUGAACUGGAUGCUGUGCUACGACCAGCUUAACAUAUGCGGGUUAGCCAGUGCGGAGGCCUUGAAUCGCAGGCGCACGCUUAUCGAAUUCGCCCACCAAGGCAGGCCAGAGACACCCUCAUAUGAAGGUGCGGAAGACAUCUUGGGGGUGAGAGAGUCUGCAGACGGCUCUUUGAUCGACCCGGCCAUCACUCAACAUGCAGCACGCCGGGCUGCAUCGAAGGCGGAGGUCUUGAAGCAGCAGAGGUUGGCCGCUGAGGAGCGGUGGCUGACACUUGGGGCACCGGUGUUGGCCGCGAAAGUUUUACAGGUGCCAAGCAGUUUUCCACUCAACCAUUCCAGCGGCAUGGGGACCUUCUGCCUUUGCCUAUGCCUGUUGAUGAUGGUGUCUCAACGAGCUUGCGCAGAAGUUUUGAACCGGGUCUACAAGGCCCAUCUCCUUCGCCCACCUCCCGUGGACAAGGAGAGCCCUCAGGCAGCGCUUCGGCAGCUGCUGAAGAAGAAGGUGCCAACUCAGCUUGAGCAUUUGUUGCCACAGGCGGAGGCGGAUCGGCUCCGAAAUUUCCGUGAAGAGAUGAUGCUGAGUGAGGAGGAGAUAGCGGGCGUGAUCGAGAAGGGGCUGGAGAACAAGUAUUAUAUCGACCCAGUACUUUCACGUGACCCUCGCGCUUAUCAUGAGCUAGUUGCCGAUUUGGUCAGUAGCAAGCUGUUGUCUUUCACAGGUAGACCAAAGUCUCAGGUGGGAGUAUUUGCAGUCACCAAGAAAAAUGACAAACAGCGAUUGAUUGUCGAUGCUCGAAGGACGAAUGCCAUCUUCAGGACGCCGCCUACCACUCUGCUGGGAUCGGUGGAAAGUUGGGGGCGACUGGAGGUGGGGAGCGACGAGGAUGUUUUCGUUGCACAAGAGGAUGUCCGUGAUUUCUUUUACCGAUUGGGGAUUAGCAAGGAUUUGGGGGAGUAUUUUUCACUGCCUGCUGUCGACCCUGAACGUCUACAAAAAGUUCUCGGAUAUUUGCCGGUUGAGCUCGAGCAGUUGAUGCAGCAAUACCCCGAGCUGGACGGCUGGUCGACAGAAGGCCCGCCCCAGUGCUCAGCAGUUCGAGUGAGGGUUGCUGCAGCGCCACGCUUAUUUAUGCCGACUGCGAAUCACUUGGGAAUCAGCGCUGCCGUAGUGGAACAUGACCAGAAAGCGUUGCUCCACUCACUGCACUCGAACGGUCUCGAUACCCAUGAGCAUGUGUGCGCAGUCACGCUUGCGGAGAGCCUCGGGGUUCGCAUUGACGGGCUCGCGGGGCAGGUGCGAGCCACUCCGCACAGGGACUGGCGUCUGGACCGUGCGAUUGCUGCGCUGUCAACCAGGUUAUGGAAGAGUGUUGCCGAGGAGCUCGACAUGUUCAGGCACCUCUCCGUCUUGGGGGUCAGUAACUUCAAGUCACCGUGGAGUCAGGAAGUUCUGUGCACUGAUGCAUCCCUCUCCGGUUAUGCUGUCAUGAGUCGGACUGCAGAUCCUGGUGUGGUCGGGGAGUUGGGUCGUUAUGAUGAGCGCUGGAGGUUCCGACUGGGAGAGGCAAGACACGUGGCGCCUCGAGCCAGUGCGUUGGCCUUAGAUCCCUUCUCAGAUCCCUCCAGUGUGAAGCCGGAAGUGGAGGGGGAGAUCUUCGGCAGAGUGUCGAUCGAUGACAGUUUUCCUCAGAUAAAGCAGGGUUUUAUGGAGCCCGAAAACUGGUCCCUGAAGACGCUGCUGAAGGGGCACCAGGCGAAGAGAAAGAGGGCUGCGGACCGACAAAAGAAGUUCGCAAUGAAGCUGCGCGCGACGCAGGGAGAGAGGAGCAUACUGGAGCUCAGCAGUGUCAAGGAACCUCAGAGGCGCGAUUAUGCGAAGAAGCUGGACGGGUUCUACGGCUUCGUGGAGCAGUACCAGCUGCGGAUCGCAGACACCAGUGCCCUAGACGCAGCGCUGUGCGACUGGGCAGACAUCCUCUACCUGAACGGGGAAGGGAGCAAUUAUGGAGACAAGUUGCUCGCAUCUCUGGAGUUCGAGAGGCCGGAGUUUGCACGCGAGGGCAAGGUCAACCUACCUCGCUUUCGCCGGGCUCUGAAAGGGUGGCGCCGCAUGGCGCCCACUCAGACCCGGCUCCCGAUGAUAGAAUUCAUCAAAGGAGCGAUAUCCGGGGUUCUGUUGAAGAGAAACUUGAGGAGCAUGGCACUCUUCAACGAGGUCACUUACUCGACCUACUCCAGGCCAGGAGAGUUGCUCCGGGUUUGUGCCGAGGAUUUCGUGAAGCCGAACCAGGACCAGAAUCAUGCAGUGAUCGUGCUCAGUCCGCUGGAGCGUGGAGAGAGUUCGAAACCAGGGCAGUACGACGAGGUCCUGAUUCUCGACGACAAGCGUGCCCCGUGGUUGCCAUUCCUCAUGGAGCAUCAAGCAAAUCAUCAGAUGCGUGCCAAGGGGCCGGACGCUUUGAUGUGGGACUUCACCGCAGCCGCGUACCUCAAACACUGGCGCGAGGCUGUGGAGACUUUGGGAGUGGAAGCCAUAGCCACCUCGCCGUACCAGAAUCGUCAUGGAGGAGCGAGCAGGGAUCACCUACUCCAUCUCAGAUCCAUGUCCGAAAUCCGCCGACGAGGCAGGUGGGCGAGCGACAGCAGUUUGAGGAUCUACGACAAGCCGGGUCGUCUUCAGCAAGCUAUCAACCAGUGGGAUGUCAAACUCCGAGCCUUUGGGGAGGACGUCCGUCGGAACUUUCGCGAUUACUUCCUGAAUGGCGGGGUACAGAUACCGCAUGGCAUCAAGAUAUGA